ACUGACAGAAAGAUGACAGAUUUAUUAUUCAGACAGACAGAUAUUUAUAAUUUUCAAUUUUUAGUGUUUCAGGAUCAGAAGUUUUAUUGAAAAAGCUCUUAUAAAAAAUUGCUUUUGCGUGCACUAAAAUAAAUAAACUAUGUCGAGUAACCGUAACAAGUAUGAAAAAGCGCGAAGAAGACUGGCCGCUGUUACAUUUUUAUCCAAUAUAUCUCUCGACGGCUCCUUCAAAGAUACGGAAUUAGUAAAGAUUAGUGAUAAAUCUGCUAAAUCUGAGAAAUCCGAUUUAGUAAUCAAAUCUGAUAGCAAAGAUAUUGUUGUGCGUAAUAAUGUUCAAAAUAAAAACAAGGUUCCACAGUCUAGUCCUGUGCAUCGUCUAGGAACUGAUAAUCAAUCGUUGAGUUCAGACUCUGAGCACACUAACAUUACUCCAGUGAAAGGACAUGUCUUCAGAGAUAGGUGCCCAUCUGUUAAUACAGAGUCCUUUAAGGAGAAACAUUCAUCUCGAAUAAAAAAAAAUCACAUUAUAACUGCUGAAGAUAAAAGUAGUUCAGAAAGCUUGAAUUUCGGUCGCUUCCGUUCAAGCAGUAUCUGCAUUCCUGAAAAUCCAUUGCAAAAUGAGGUGCGAGUUGUUCGUGCAACAAAAGGAGUGGCCUUUAGAGAUGAGAGACUUGCAUUGGUCCCACCACAAGGAGUACCUUGUGUUAUAUUUAGCACUAUACCAUAUUCAAAGACUAUUCGCAGUGCUCGUGCUGAUCUUAGAAAAGAUGGGGUUAGAAGACGUAACACUUCAGGACCAAGGCCAUUAUCUGCUAUUACAGACAAUGGGGUGGAUCCUUUUGAUUUACUUGGUUUAGAAAGGGAAGAGACAGGGCAAGAUAUAUCAUACUCUAAGUUAUUAGUCCCGUCACGUGUUUGUACCAGGGAGCAAUAUAGAAAAAUGUAUGAAGGAGAUUUCAGUGACAAGUCGAGCUGGAAGUUGUCAAAUCGUCAUCCACAUGUUAUUGCCAGGACUAAAUUAUUGACGCGGCACAAGGAUAAGAAAUGGUGUUUCUCGUACGAGUCGUCCCAAAGAACGAAUGUAGCAUCUUCUCCGCCACACUCGUCCGUAGAAAUCAAAUCGUUCGAUUGGGAUGAAGGAUCUAUACUAGCACAGAAAUAUGUACAAUACUGCCCUAACGUCCUCGAUGAUCCGGAGUUGAUUGCCGGGAAACACAGGACAUUGCUUACAUUCACAUCGUACAUGACCUCCAUCAUUGACUACGUACGGCCUCAGGAUCUCAAAAAAGAAUUGAACGACAAAUUCCGAGAGAAGUUUCCUCACAUCAAACUUACGCUUAGCAAGUUACGAAGUCUCAAGAAAGAAAUGCGGAAAAUAGCCAAACAUGAUAGCGGAGGUGUUGACCUACUUUCGGUCGCUCAAGCGUACGUCUACUUCGAAAAGCUAAUCCUGGCCAAUUUGAUCAAUAAAGAUAAUAGGAAGCUUUGCGCCGGCGCAUGUUUGUUAUUGUCGGCCAAACUGAACGACGUCAAGGGAGAAAUGUUGAAAGCUCUUAUUGAGCGCAUCGAAACAACAUUCAGAGUGAACAGGAAAGAUUUGAUGAAGUGUGAGUUCGCGGUGUUAGUGGCCUUGGAGUUUGGCCUUCACGUGCCCCCGUACGAGGUGUUCCCGCACUACCAGCGGCUGCUGCACGACUCGUGACCCUGGCGAAGACUGGCCCUGGAGCCAUGCAUACGGGUCUGCCAUCGCCGCCGCGCCAGCAUCGUUGAUAACUUCAGGGCUAGCGCUUGGAUCUAAACAAACGCAAAGGAAACUAAAGUUAGGAUGUCAACUGAUGCUCCUCAGAUUACAAAACUCGACACUCGACUAUGAGAAAAUGCUAUAUGGGGACUUUUAGGCGAUGGACUAUAAAUCUGUCACUAUUUCCGAAUCGCAAUAUGUUUAAUAAUUCCGUUAUCUAUGUACACUUAGCCUAUCAUGCCCACUUAGCCUAGUCUCGCGAGUGACUCUGUCAAUCCCGUAAGGAAUGAAGAAGUGACAAUGUAACUUGUCGAAAGACUAUUAAACAAUGUGUGAUCAAAGAUACUAUAUGAAUUGGAGGAUAUUUUUUGCCUUGACGGUAAAUAGCCAAGGCCCCCACGGUUUUGUUAUACCACUGACAUCUAUGAAAUAUAGAUAGUUAUUAUGAGUGUAGUUUUCAAAUGAUCAAAUAUGUAGUAAACUAUUUUCUUACCGAGAGGUGUGACGGAAUUUAUACAUUGUGUGGUCUUUUUAAAUACACGUGUUAAAUGCCAAUCGGAAAUGGCAUUUAAACGUUGAAAGCGAGGUUACCUCUAGUCAAAAUUAUAGCUCAAAAUUAGAAUUAUAAAUAACAAAUGAUAUAGUUACAUAUAUGUAUUAACUAAGUAAAUAGUAUGAAGCAAUUGACGCUCAAAUCAAAACUUUAAAUUCUAUAUGUAUAUAAUUAGUUAUGUUUAGGAAGGACUGUUAUUACUGAACUAAUAGUUACUGCUAUUAACAUCAUAUUUCAUGAAAAGGUCAAGUGCAGGAAAAUUUCAGUGACGGCAUUCCCCUCCAUAAAAAUAGUUAAAUAUUAGCACUGUGAUGUACAAAAAUCCUUUAAAUUAUUCAAAUUCAUCUAUUUUGUCUAUAAACGAUUAGAGUAAUAUUAUGUAAUACUUAAGUAGUAGUAAGUACUCGUAUAGUAAUUUAUAUAAAUGCUGCCAAGCGGAUGAGAUAUUAUCCUUGUUAUGUAAUUUUGUAAAUAUUAAAAUUUAUUAAUGCACAUGCAAUAAUUGUUCUAUAAAUAGAUGUGGCCUGCGAGAAGACAAAAAAUUCGAAUACCUUUUGUGGCGCUAUGAAGUUCGCUCCACUCAGUAUGAAGACUCGCUUAUCUAAAUUUUGGCGACAUUAUAAAAAAAAAUAGUGUUAUGUUGAUAGAGCAUGAGCCUGCCCACAGUGGAAGGAAGUGAAAGAGUGGUUUUUAUUGGCAAUAUUUAUUCUCCAGAGUCCACAUACCACGACGUGCUCUUCACUAGAAAUGUUGUCACAGUAGAGUCAGUAGCGAUAAGCGAAUGCGAACGAAUUCUUAUUCUUCUCAGAUAUUUUAUCUCUUCGAAAGUGAAACGUUUACUCUUUAUAUGACCUAAUUUGCCACAGUAAUGGUUAACAUUUUUCACGGCUUCCAACGCACUGGACGAGUUAUUUUUCUUGUUACAAACUAUAGAAAAAAGUGUUUUCACAGUUUUUCAUAUUCUUUUUCCUAGCUUCUUCUUGCAGUAACCUUUAGCUAGUCAUCUAUUUUUUUUCAAUAUGUGCCAAUUGAUGAAACAAACUCAUACUGAUUCAACAGACAUUUUUGAUUAAAAUCAAAAGAUUCUUUUGCCCUGGUGGUAUCACGAAUAUCUUGAUAGAAUGACGAUGCAACACUAAAUCCAAUCCUAGCGAAAUCACGUGGUACACGGUCUGGGUCCACGCCUGUACCUUCCUUUAUCCUUAGCCGUAUCCUUCUCGUGUGAGCACCAUCAUGAAUUCAAAUUUCCAUUGUAGGAAAAUUUUCAACAUCACGUAGUUUUUCAUUAUUUUGUCGACUAACUAGUCAGAGGCCUCUGUGGCCAACAGAGCCAACGGUCAGGAGCCACAGCAGCAGGUUAUUCGGCUCUAACGACAGCUAAGUGAUCGUUGCUCGUCAGAUAAACCUUAUCAUUGCACAAUUAGGUUGAAAGUCAGUUUUUCUCCUUGAAAUUCCACGAACAAUGUAUCUAGUUAAGGCGGUAUUAGUCAGACAAGCAGUCUCCAAGUUACUGAUUAGCGCAUAAAAUUCUGGUAGCCCCUCAAUAGAAGUUGAAAGAGGGAUUUUCAAUCUUGUCAUUUAUUUAUUUUGUAUCUGCCAAUUUGAUGAACCAAAUGCAUUACUGCUUCAAUAUACCUGGAUAUUGUACUGUGCAUAUUCCACGCGAUGCAGUUGAUGCAAUAACAGCACAGGGCGAUAAUGCCUUUGCCCUCAAAUAAAAUUUUGAGAUUAGUCCAUACUUCCUUUGCCGUGAUAGUACCUAUCACGAAUGUCCUGAUAAUAGGACGACGGAACACUCAAUCCGCAAUACUAGCCAAAGCACGUGCUACACGGUCCACAUUAGUAUCUUUCACAAUCUGACAUAAUCCUAGUGUGAGCACCAUCUUGAGUUAGUAUUUAUGUAUUUUUUUAUGGUCAUUUAUGGCCAUAAAAGAAUCCUAUCACACUGUGGAAUAGAAUAAUACUUUCAACAUUUUAUGAUAGUAGUAAUUUUAUGUGCCUAUUAUUUGUAAAAAUGGCACAGGAAUUGGUUGCCUGACAUCUUUGUAGUCCAUAAAGUGAUGUUUGUUAUUGUUAUUAUAAUUAUUUGCUGCUAAAAUAUUACAUGUGUUAUUUGUUUUAAAGUCUUUUAAUAAAAAAAUAACAAAGGU